AUGCAGGAGAAACAUCGAAGAACAAUGCAUACCAAAGUUGCUAUAAUUACAGGCGCGAAUAGUGGUGUAGGAUUUGGAAUUGCGCAGAGAUUGUUAGAUUAUUCGUUGAACAAUCCUUCCCUAAAUAUCCGUGUUGUACUUGCUUGUCGUAAUCCAACACGAGCUUCAGUUGCUCGUGAAGCAUUAUUAGUUGAAUAUCCCGAAAGUUUAGUUGAUACAGUAACUGUUGACCUUAGUUCGGUUGAUUCUGUUUUUAAGUGUUGUAAAGAAAUCAAAGAAAAGUAUGAUCGAGUUGACUUACUAUUCUGCAAUGCUGGGAUAUUAUCAUGCAAAUACCUGGACUGGCGGAACGUGAUAUAUUUAGGAUUGAGUAAUCCUGGAAGGUUAGUAACAGGAACUCAAACACUAGUCCAACCUAUAGGAAAUAAAACGACAGAAGGAUUAGGUGAAACAUUUGCAUGUAAUGUGUUUGGGCACUAUGUAAUGGUGCGUCAAUUAGAGGAUUUGAUGAGUGUAUCAGGUGAUGCUCGCAUAAUCUGGACGGGUUCGGGUGCUGCUAACAAGGAUUAUUUUAAUUCCGCAGACUAUCAAUGCAUUGAAGGUAUUAAUCCUUACGAAUCGUCUAAACAUUUCACCGAUAUUAUUUCGGUAGCCCUUAAUACCCGCUUGAACAGACGACAUAUUUACAGUUUUACUACUAGUCCCGGCGUUGUUGCCACAAAUAUUGUCGGUGGUCAUCUGGGAUGGGUUAUGGACAAAGCAAUGAAAGUUGGAUUCAUCCUGGGACGCAUUUGUGGGUUACGAGAAGACACAGUUACCGCAUGGAAUGGCGCAUAUUCCAAUUUUAUUGUAGCUACAUUACCUAUCGAAGGUCUUAAUAAGUCUCUUAAGUAUAAUAGCUAUGCCAAACCGUGGGGAGCAAUUUAUUAUGAAGAGAGUUCUGUUGAUGGUUAUGAUGAAAAGGAAGCAACUGCUCUAUUAAAUCAAUUAGAUCACUUGUUGGAAGAUUUUCUAAAAAAAUAUGAAAUUAAAUCUUAA